AUGGUUAGACCUGAAUAUACUUCGCCUCCAGAAAUUUUUUACAAUGAAGAUGAGGCAAAAAAAUAUGUUAGAAAUUCAAGAAUUAGGGAUAUACAAUCUAAAAUGACUGAAAGAGCAUUGGAAUUACUUGUAUUACCUGAUACACCGUGUUUAUUAUUAGAUAUUGGGUGUGGAUCAGGUAUAAGUGGUAUGACAUUAAAUGAAUCAGAUCAUUUCUGGAUAGGAAUAGAUAUAAGCAUUCAUAUGAUAAGAGCGGGCCUACAAAAUGAAGCCCACCUUGGAGGAGAAAUGAUUUUAUCAGAUAUGGGAAAAUUAAUGAGAUUUCAAUCUUGUAUUUUUGAUGGAGUAGUCAGUAUAUCAGCUUUGCAAUGGUUAUGCAAUUGGGACAAAAAAGAUGAAAAUCCUAUUGCAAGAAUUAACACAUUUUUUAAAUGGCUAUAUAAUUGCCUUAGAAAAGGAGCUAGAGCUGUAUUUCAAUUUUAUCCAGAUUCAGCUGAACAAAUAGAAACCUUAACUAAUUUUGCUAUGAAAUCUGGUUUUGGUGGUGGUGUUGUUGUCGAUUUCCCAAAUUCAGCCAAAUCAAAAAAAUAUUAUUUAUGUUUAUGGGCAGGAUCAUCAAUUAUUCCCAAAUUACCUGAAGCCAUAAAAGAUGAAGAUGAAGUGAUUUCUCAUGAAAAAAGAAGAUUUAAUAAAAAAACAAAAAAACAAAUUAAAAAAAAUAAAGAAUGGAUCAUGAAAAAAAAAGAGCAAAGAAGAAUGAAGGGACUAGAAGUAAAAAGAGAUAGCAAAUACACCGGAAGAAAAAGAAAAAGGAGAUUUUAA